AUGCGAACGAACGCAAACACCCACAAGCUCCCAGAGGAGAUUCUGGAGCAAAUCAUCGGAUACCUCGAGAAGACGGACCUGGCGCGCGUUGCGGCUGUCAGCAGGACCUUUUGGAGGCUGGCGGUCGCGAAACUGUAUCAUGAGAUCAGGUUCGAUCCCUAUGCCUACCGCGAGAGCCAGUUGCGAGUUUUGAAGAGCUCCCCGCACCUCACCACCCUCGUCCGCCGCCUCACAAUCGACAUUGCCCCGCUUCCCCAAUUCCAAGAUGAGAACGAGAUCCAAGAAUUCAACUGGGGCCACCCCCUCCUCAAAGACGAGCCACCAGUUCACACCGCGCGCUCCGCCCUCCUCUCCCUCAUCCCGCACCUCCCCUCCCUCGAAAUCUUCGAAUGUCACGACCUCUCUGGUGAGCCCCACAGCACCUCCGCCGCCCCCGCCCGCUCCCUCAUGUGCACCCUCCUCUCGCACUGCCGCCACCUGCGGAAGCUCACACGCACCGACUGGUGGCGCGAUCUCGGCUGCUCGUACGGCACCGUGGGACCGACGGCCCUGACUCACCUGACCAUUAGUGUACCGGAGAGCUACUUCGCCGUUGACGAGGAUGGACUGGUGGGCGUGGAUGAGGGCGCAUGCGAGGAGCUGCGCGUACUGUUGAGGGCGAGCCCCGCGCUGACGUAUCUGGACUUCUAUCGUGGGCGGGUGUCGAUGGGACUGAUAUUUCGGGGGCGGCGGAGCGGCCGGGACAGUGACGGGGACAUGCUUGGGCGGGGCCGACGUCGGCGGAGCAGUGUGUCGAGCCGGGCGUCGGUGGAGUCGUCGUCGGGGUCGGGGUCGUCGUCGGGGUCAGGGACGCCGCCGUUACUGGACAAGGACGAUGAGCGGCCGGUGGUACUGCCGAACCUCAAGACACUGGUGCUAUGGGCGACGUUCGUUGAGGAGAAGGCGGAGGUGCUGAUGGGCGAGUAUCUGGCGACGCGGGCGGGCAUCUUUCCGGCGCUGACGGGGCUGGAGCUUGUGUCGGUGCGGUGCGAGAAGGAGGGAUUGUAUGUGGCGGACCAGGUCAGUGCACAGAUGCUGAUGGAUGCGGUGGUGACGCUGCGGGACUGCGAUGUGAAGACCAUCACGGAGAGGCAGAUCUAUGACUUUAGUGGGGCGGCGGCGGGAACGGAGGAGCUGCAUCAUGCGAUGUCGAUGGUGAAUGAAAAGCAUGGGAGACAACCGGAUCGGAGGAGUCGGUUUAGACAGUGGUGA